UCGCUCAGCUGGGUGGGGUACGAGUAUCCUGAGUUCCAGGGCCAGCAGUUUAUCCUGGAGAAAGGAGACUAUGCCUGUUAUCAGGCCUGGAGUGGCAACAGCAGUUACAGAACAGAGCACAUGCUCUCUUUCAGGCCUAUUAAAUGUGCUAAGCACAGUGACAGUAAGAUUACCCUCUAUGAGUGUGAAGUCUUCAUGGGACGUAAAUUUGAGAUGUGUGAGGAUUAUCCUUCCCUUCAAGCCAUGGGUUGGUGUAGCAAGGAAGUUCCCUCAAUCAAAGUCAACUCUGGAGCCUGGGUAGGCUAUCAGUUUCCCGGUUACCGUGGAUAUCAGUACAUCUAUGAGAGAGACAGACACCAAGGAGAGUACAGAUGCUACAAUGAGUACGGCACCCAGGCACAUACCAAUCAGAUCCAGUCUAUGCGCAGAAUUCAGCAAUAAGACCCAACACCAUUGUGUACCCACCAUGUCAUGCCGUGUCAAUACUAUAGGCAAUAAAGACAUUAUUUAAACUAUA